AUGACUGAAGCUGCAGCGAGCAAGGCGCGGGAACCUACAACCAGAGCUAAAUCCCGCAAAACCGACCAGAAUGCCCCCAUACGGAAACGACGCAAGCGAACGGUGGUCAGCGGAGCCCCAGAUGAUUGUUUCACUUGCUCGAAAAGGGGGGCUCGUUGCGAUCGACGUCGACCCUAUUGUUCCCAGUGCCUGGAGCUCGGUCGCGAAUGUUCAGGAUACAAGACAACGUUGACAUGGGGUGUAGGAGUCGCCAGCCGCGGGAAACUGCGUGGCCAGAAAGUACCGGUCAUGGAAUCAACUGAAGAGACUUCUAGCGCGCGAAGUCAGUCGCAAAAACAGCAAUCAGAAUCAUCCAGCCGCCAACCGCAGACUCCUCAGGCGUCAGUGCCUCCUCCUGCCUCAGCUCCUCCGAUAGGAGCAGGGUUUCUGCCUGUGAAUCCGCCCGCGAUGGAGUCCAUGGAUGCCGAUAUGCGUCGCCAAUCCGCUUUUUCAAAUGCGUCGGGAUCAUCACAAGGCAUGUCUUGGUCAAUGGAUAUGCCGGACCCUCUAUCAUGGGUAAAUGGAUCUCCAAACAACCCUCCGCCCCAAAUCCUAGGGCUUCCCGUGCGACCUGGGCUUCAUUUGCCAACCAGACCCCACGUUGGCCAUCGCUCGAGUCCAAGCGUCUCCGAGGCAUCGCUCAAUUACUCCUUUGGUUAUGUACCUGAUAGUCAGCAAUCUUCGCCAGUCUCAGUAUGGCAAACCCCAAGGAACCAGCCUUCUCAAAGGAUAACACCACCAGGAGCUGAUGUGGAUGAAGAAUAUGAAAAUGUCGACCGUGACACUCAAGUUUCAUGGACAGCGAGCCAUUCGCCUUCAUAUUCACAGCUGCUGCUAGCGCGAUCGACAGGACGUACGCCUCGUUUACGAUAUCUCAUCAGUUACUACGCAGAAGUCAUCGCUCCGAUGAUCGUGGCUUUCGACAGCCCGUCGAAUCCCUUUCGAACCCACGUCUUGCGUCUGGCAAAUGAAAGUGAAGCCCUUCAAGAAGCUAUUGCUACACUUGCCACGAGUAAUUUACGGCAGCGGCGUGAGCGCAAACAUUUCUCAACCGAGAGAACGCUUCCAGCUCGCCUUUCAUCCAUGGCCCACCGUGCCCUCACAGAUGAGGCGUUCCAGGAUCGCUACGGCAUCUCGGUCACGGAAGGGUAUGCUCGUGAAGAGAAUCAUCACCGAGCGGUGGCAGUCAAAGCUUUGAAUGCCGACCUGGCAGAUCCUCGCCGUCGGUUAUCGGAUUCUGUCCUAGCUACGCUCCUGAUUUUGUGUCUCUUCCACGGAUGUGAUACCGGUGUCGCGGAAUUUCGCACGCAAUUUGCAGGUGUCACCCGUCUUCUUGCGAUUCGCAUGCGCCAUUCGAGUGUCGUGUCUGAAGAACUCAAGUGGUUCAUGCGCAUGUUCUCUUGGUUAGAUACCCUCACCGCAACGACAAACAAUCGCGAUGUUCAGCUUCGUGGAAAGUGUCUUGAAAUCAGCUCAGUGUCAGACGGCCACUGGGGAUUGGAGAAUCUGGCUGGGUGCGAUGGCCGCCUGUUCAAGAUGAUUUCCCAGCUAGGACGCCUCAACCUCUUAAGCCAGGACCAACAACCCUCCGAGUCUACUCCUGCAGAUGUAACCAUUCCUACAGCCUCUCUCCCUCCCGCCAUGUUGUUUCCUGGAUGGAAUCACGUUCCAAACGCCAGUGCAUCUUGGUCUGUGCCCGGCGACGAUUACAGCUUUUCGCUACCAUCACCCCCGCAAAGUAGCGACCAAGGCAGAAGGCCCUCCUCGCCAGCUUUCUGGGCCGAAUGGCACUCACUCCGGCAGCGUCUCGAAUCCUGGCGAUUUGACCCUCCUACCUCUACCCCAAUACCCUCUCCCCCUCCAUCCGCAACAAAUACCACCUGGCCUUCUCCGAACUUCGCCCUUGACCCGACCCCAGAAGUGGAGUACUACGUGGCUCCUGAAAAUCUACAAGAUGUAUAUCAGAUCUCUGAGUGCUUUCGCCACGCAGCACUACUCUACUGUGAGCGGUUAGCGGAGCCAAGCCUACCAUCAGAGCACCCUCGUAUACAACACUUGGUGCAUCUAGCUAUGCACUGCCUCUGUGCCGUCCAAUCUGACGUCUAUCUCCUCUGGCCACUUUUCAUCGUUGGCUCAGAGUGCGUCCAAGAGAACCACCGCAAGGCCAUACGUGAUCGUUGCAGAGAUAUCUCUGGAGACUCCGGGUUUGUCAACAAUAUCUCUUGCCUAGAGCUCUUAGAGAAGAUUUGGGAAGAACACUCAGAAGCGUCGUCUUAUCCUGUUUAUCCAUCUGAGUUUGGUACUCCGCCUGUCCUGGACGGAAAGACGCAGGCUAUCACACCUCAGGCUUUCCGUUGGUCUCGUGUUAUGGAAGCGAAGAGAGGUGAUGGGGAGUAUAUGGUGGCAUAG